AGUGGAAUCCCGAACUCUUUGAGGAGGGUUUACCGUCGCCCCUAAAACCCUCCAUCGAUCCAAUCUAUUAUCCCUUCCAUCUCGCCGCCUCGACUUGGAAUUAGAAACCGACCUAUACCUACGCCUCGUCUCCGCAUCCCACGCGGAAGAAACUACCAAUGGCUCUCCCCAAUCAGCAGACGGUGAACUACCCCAGCUUCAAACUCGUCAUUGUAGGCGACGGUGGCACCGGCAAGACCACCUUCGUGAAGAGGCAUCUGACUGGAGAGUUUGAAAAGAAGUAUGAACCCACCAUUGGUGUUGAGGUCCAUCCCUUGGAUUUCCACACCAACUGCGGGAUGAUCCGCUUCUACUGUUGGGACACUGCAGGCCAGGAGAAGUUUGGUGGGCUCAGGGAUGGAUACUACAUCCAUGGCCAGUGUGGUAUCAUUAUGUUUGAUGUUACUUCACGGCUAACAUACAAGAAUGUUCCAACUUGGCACCGUGAUUUAUGCAGGGUCUGUGAAAACAUCCCAAUUGUGCUUUGUGGGAAUAAGGUUGACGUGAAGAACAGGCAGGUAAAAGCUAAGCAGGUGACAUUUCACAGGAAAAAAAGCCUGCAGUACUAUGAGGUCUCAGCUAAGAGCAACUACAACUUUGAGAAACCUUUCUUGUACCUUGCCAGGAAGCUUGCUGGUGAUUGCAAUCUUCGCUUUGUUGAAAGCCCUGCUCUCGCUCCUCCUGAUGUCACAAUUGACAUGGCCGCCCAGCAGCAGCAUGAAGCCGAGCUGGCAGCUGCUGCAGCCCAACCAUUGCCAGAUGACGAUGACGACCUGAUCUAGUAGAUGUUGCAUUACGCUGCUUUAUUUACAUGUCGUCGCCCAAUGAGUCUUGUUCUUAGAUCUUGUGUCCUAAACUUUGGGAGGAUGGAAUUUUUGUAAGUAUGCAUGCUAUUGAGACUAGUUAGGUUCCAGUAGAUGGUGAUGAACUUGCGUCAUUGCAAUGCUUAUUUGCUUUGAUUGCCAAAUAAAAUGCCUGUUUCCCCUAAUUUUGAUGUUUUCAA